AUGACCAAGCCGCAGCGGGGCCUCCCGGACUCUCCCUGCUCGCUCCCGGCCCGCCGGCGAUCGAUCGUCACCGAUUUCAAAAAACAACCAUCAAUAAAUAGCCAAACAUCAAAAUGGGUGGUCUCCUCGAACUCGUACCUUGGUGUCGUCACUGGCAAAAAUCUCGUCACAGUGUUGGAAUAUGCCAAGGCUCACGGAUUUGCCAUUCCGGCCUUCAAUUGCACCUCCUCUUCGACUGUCAUUGCGGCCUUGGAAGGCGCUCGAGAUUCCAAAGCACCCGUGAUCAUUCAGGUUUCUCAAGGUGGUGCGGCAUUCUUCGCAGGCAAAGGGGUCAAAAAUGGCAACCAAGAAGCUUCGAUCGCUGGGGCUGUAGCCGCCGCCAUGUUUGUCAGAUCCAUCGCCCCCACCUACGGAAUCCCUGUGAUCAUGCAUUCCGACCAUUGUGCCAAGAAGCUCUUGCCGUGGUUCGAUGGAAUGCUCAAGGCAAAUGAGGAUUACUUCAAGGCACAUGGAGAGCCGCUAUUCUCGUCCCACAUGCUUGACCUUUCCGAGGAAUCCAAGGAAGAGAAUAUCGAAAUCUGUUGCAAGUACUUUGAAAGAAUGGCCAAGAUCGAUCUCUGGCUAGAGAUGGAAAUCGGCAUCACCGGUGGUGAAGAAGAUGGCGUCAACAACGAAAAUGUUGAUAAUGCUGCUUUGUACACCCAACCAGAGGAUAUCUGGGAUGUUUAUUCCGCUUUCAGCAAGAUCAGCCCAAUGUUUUCGAUUGCUGCUGCAUUUGGCAACGUUCAUGGUGUAUACAAACCUGGAAACGUCUCUUUGCAACCCGAACUCCUUGGGAAGCAUCAAGCUUACUGCAAGGAGAAACUCAAAACGGAUGACCCACGACCUCUGUAUCUCGUUUUCCACGGUGGAUCUGGCUCUACCAAGAAGGAAAUCGCAACUGCGCUCGAAAACGGAGUCGUAAAGAUGAACGUCGAUACUGAUACCCAAUGGGCCUACAUGGAAGGCUUCCGAAACUACUUCGAAGCCAAGAAGGAUUACCUGAAAACACAAGUCGGUAAUCCGGAAGGCGCUGAUCUUCCUAACAAGAAAUGCUACGACCCACGAGUUUGGGUACGAGAGGGAGAAAAAACGAUGGUCAAGAGAGUCAUGGAAGCUUGUCAAGAUCUCAAGAACGUCAACGUACUUUAA